AUGACCUGCCCGCGCGCCACGGCCCCAGAAGGCCACUCACCACUCCCGCGCCCGACUCUGCCCGCCUCCAGGGGCCCCAGGCUGCCCUCUGGCCCGCCUUCGAGCUCACCGCGCCAUCGAUGCGAUCGAGCGCGGCGCUGCAGAGUGCCGGGGGCGAUCGCGCAGGGAGCGGAGGCGAAGGGCGUGGGGGAGCGCGCGGGCGGCAGCGAUUGGAAUCAGUGGAUAAGGGAGGGGCAGGGUGAGGCGGCGUUGGUUCGCCGACAGGCUGAAAAACGAGAUGGCAAGCAAGCCAAAAUCGCAGACACGCUACCAGCCUGGGAUGUGUCUGCCACAGCCGAUGUGGCUGUCGUUGGGUGCGGCCCUGCGGGUCUGGCACUUGCCGGGGAGCUGGGGAGAAGGGGGAUGCAUGUGGCACUGGUGGGUCUGGAUUCAGCAUUUGUCAACAACUACGGUGUGUGGAGGGAUGAGUUUAGUGACCUGGGGCUUGAGGGUGUUCUGGAGUGCGUUUGGGAAGACUCUGUGUGCUUCUUUGGUGAAGGUCAGAAGGUUCAAGUGGCACGGGGCUAUGGUCGCGUUUGUAGACGAAAACUGCGGGAGCACCUGCUGAAGGGUUGUGCUGGCGGACAAGUGUCGUUCCACGAGGGGCUUGUGGAAAAGAUCGAUGCAGAUCAAGGGGAGGAAACCAGCAUGCUGCGGUGCAAGGAUGGGUCAGAGGUGCGCGCAAGGCUGGUGACACUCGCCUCUGGCGCAGCAGCUGGCAAGUUCCUCAAGUAUGAGGAAGAUGCACCUGCCACAGUGGCACAGACGGCUUACGGGAUUGAGGCAGAGGUGGAUGGCUAUGAAAAGGGGUUUGACCCCAAAAGUAUGCUGUUCAUGGACUAUAGGAGGCACCACACUGGGGUGUGGGAGGACACGGCUUAUACACUUGAGGCAGGAAAGCACCCCAAUGCAGGUGACGGCCUGUGGGGCACCUCUAAGGAGGUUCCUUCCUUUCUGUAUGCCAUGCCUCUCCUGGAUGGGACUGUCUUCCUUGAAGAGACCUGCCUGGUCGCCAACCCAGCCCUGCCAUUUGCCGACCUCAAACGACGACUGGAGAGGCGGCUCGCGGCAUUGGGCAUCCGGGUCAAGCACGUGAUCGACGAGGAGUGGUCGUACAUUCCCAUCGGUGGGCCCCUGCCCAUACGAGACCAGGCAGUCACGGCAUUUGGAGCGGCAGCCAAUUUGAUCCAUCCAGCAACUGGCUACUCCAUUGCGCGCACGCUUCGGGAGGCACCUGCCAUGGCCGACGCCAUAGCCGAUGCUGUCAAAUCAUGCCCCCUUGUGGGACAGAGGUCCGACAGAGUUUGGGACACCCUCUGGUCACAAGAGAAACGGAAGCAGGCUGCCUUCCAUGUCUUUGGCAUGGAGCUCCUUGUGAAGCUUGACCUGGCAUCCAUCAACAACUUCUUCAAAACCUUCUUCCGCCUUCCCGAGUUUUUCUGGCGGGGCUUUCUGGCGUCCAAGCUGUCGUCACUGGACCUGGUGGCCUUUGCUGGUGGCAUGUUUGUGCUGGCGCCAAUGCUCACCAAGUUCCAGCUGGUGUCACACUUCUUCACUGACCAGUCCGGCCGUUAUUUGGUGCGCACCUACUUUCCCAAAGAGGAUGAGGCCCAAGGUGCCAGGAGUGGCUAA